AUACUAGUAAAUACUAGUAUUUUACUAUUACUAAACCAACAACAUAUGCGUAAAUGCUUCUUAGGCUUAGACUUAGUAAUUAAGUACAGUAGUAGUAUUAAGUAAUUGUUAUUAAAUGAAGAUGUUAACGUAAUAUGAAGUUACCAGUAAGAGGCUUGACAUGCGGAUUGAAUUUUGAUAAAUUUGCAUAAUAUAUAUAAGAAGGUUAUUUAGACAAUUUAGUAGUUUAAAACAAACAAGGGUGUUAAUAUUAAAUAAUACUAGUUACCGUGGCCGUGCCUAUAACUAUAAUUUUUAGUCUUAGUAUAAGUAUAGUUCAUUAUAUUAUAAUUUUAAUUAUUUACUUUAUUUUACUCAGGGCUUUUUGUUCUUCUCGUAAAACACACCCCGAAUGAGCCGAAUGGUGUACUGGUACCAACUUUACUUUUCUUUUCUACGGAUUUUCCAAGUAACAUUUCAAAAUUUGAUGUUUGGUAUACAUACUCAUACAUUAUACACAUUAUUAUAUGCUCUUGAAUCGUUCUGUCGAGUAUCAGUAUAGCAGGUUGGGGGAAAAUCUUAAAAAAGAGUGCAUGGCAUAGGCAUGGGACUACUUGAGCCUACUUGACUUUGUCUUUGUGUGUAGAGUCGUAUGCAUACAAUACAGCCUUCAUCCACACUGGUUUCCACGGCACUGCUCAUCUUGUCAUUGGUCGUACCGUUGCAUGCUGUGUGAUUAUUUCAAGUUGCGACUGCUAUGUUUUGUUACACAAAUGAUAUCUGUAGUGGUUUACCAACUUUCCAGUGAUUGAGUAUAUGCGAACAGUGGCUGGGAAUUUGUAUGUCUGUCCCGGGUGGCACAUUUUCUAUAUAUUUAGAGGCUGCAUUUUAGCCCAACUGCAGAGUCAUUUCAUGGACUGGGCGGCAAAAAGCUAGGCACUAUCCCUAACCACAUCACUUUGUACUUUGUAGAGCAGUUAAUAUUUUCUUUAAUUUAAAAGAUUGGUGGUGAAAUGAAGAAAAUUGCUAAUUACCUCUCAACAAUCUGUCCUUCACUUAAAUAAGCCAAAAUAUUAACAUACAUGACAAAAGACAUGAUAAUAACGAUGCCUGAAGAUAUUUCUGAGUCUGAUCUGGAGACGCAAAGCUGUACUACAAAUGACAUCCCAGAAAGCUGGAUCUAUUUUUUUUUUUUAAUGAAUCAUUCAUAAAUGGGUUCAGUCUGUUUUGGCCAAUUUUAGAUCCCCACUCCCCAAUUGUCAGAAAUUUGUUCUGUUUUGAUACCAGUUACUCUCAUAAAAGAUCAUCACAAAAAAAAUAAUAUUUUAUAUAUUCCAUAACUUUAAAAAAUAAUUUAUAUUUGUAAAAAAUGAAAAUUUUCACAAAAAUUAAUAAUAAAUGGUUUAAGUUUAAGUAAACUAUAAUUAUGUCCACUGCCUUUUCAUUUAUUAAGGAUUUAAGUUAUGUGAAUUGAUUUACUUUUACAAAAGUGUGGUUUCUAAUUUUAAUGGUUUCAUUUGUCUGAUCUUCUCUUAACCUAGUCAUGUAUUUUAUUAUUUGGUUGCUAACUCCCUUGUAAUAAUGUGUCUAAUAAUUCUAUAAAAGCUUUUGAUUUGUCUUUAUACUUUUCCCUAACAGUGCUAUGUCAUCUUCGCAUGCAAGGUUUGGUGUUGAGAGUGCCUAUUGGUUGUGAAAUUUCCCUCAAUAAGUAUCCUGUGAGUUUUCCUCACUCUCUAUUUGUAUGCUUCUUAUAACUCUCUCUAAUUUUAGGUUAAAUAGCAUAUGAGACAGUGAGUCUCCUUGUCUUAGGCCUAGUCUAAUCUGAAAUUCCCUUGAAUAUUCAUUUUAUAAUCCUCGAGUUGGUGCACUGGGAUAUUAUAUUCGUAACAUUUCUCUAAUAGGCAUCUGACCUAAGCAGCAUCAAAAAGAGGAGGAGUUUGAAUACCCAAAAAACUUAAAGAAUAAUACUAAUAAUAAACUGAGUGUGUAGUUCUCUUCCUCCAUAUUAAUUAAUUUCUGUUGUGAUGAGGUCUUCUCCCAGGGGCUUUGUGAUUUUUCAUAGAGUUGAUUACUUUUGUAGUUUCUUCCAAAUUAGUGGAGUUUAUUAAAGGGUCUGGGCCGCCAUUUGAUGGUUCAUAAGUCAUAAUCUUCAUCUUAUCCAUUGUCUGCAUUUAAUAUUCCCUCAAAAUAUUCAGCCCACCUUUCCAGUGCUUUACUAUUUUUCAUAAUUAAUUGUCUGUUACACAUUUGGGAUCUGGCUUGGUACCCAUUCUUUAUGUCUUAUAUCUUCAUUCACAUUCUUCUAAUCUAAGUCUUCUAUUUCUUUUAGUUUAGUUUGUCCCAUUCCCUUUUUUUCUUCCCAUAGAUUUUCCUUCUGACUUCAUUGUAUAUUUCAAUUAUUUGUCUCAUAUUUCUGGUUUCCCUUUGUAUCAUGAUCAUUCAUGCCUUGUUCCACUCUUUAAAAGUCUCUGCAUUCAUUAUCAUACCCCACUCACCUGUUAGUUUGCUGAAAUCCUUCUACUUUUUCUGCUGAUCUUGUCUGAACUAGCACUUUUUAACCUAUCCCGCUGUUCAUUUAUGUUAUUUUCCCUGCUUAUUUAAUCUAAGGAUGCUUUUAGUUGUGCUUCUACUUCAUUUUGGUAAGCUUUUGUGAUUAGUGGAUAUGUAGUUAGUUUGUUGUAAUCAUGUCUUUUUUCUCUUUGAUUUUGGCCAUUGUGUAUUAUGCUUAUUCUCUGCUUAUAUCUAUCACUUACAAGUAGGUGGUCAGAGUCUCCAACUGCUGCUGGAUAGCUUCUCAUGUCUAGUAAGUCUGAUCCAUCAUAAUCCAUGCUUCUGAUCGAUUAUAACAUGGUCAAUGUGGCUAUGAGUGAUUAAAUCUGGAGAGUUCCAAGUAACUUUAUGUAUAUUUUGUGUGGAAACUUGGUGCUACUGUGAUCACUUCUCCUGAGACAAAGUCUAUGGCUUCUUCAUGUACACUCUCCUUGCCAAUAGUUGGUGUUAUGUAGUGCCCUUUUCCCGUGCUUGAACUUUGUUUCACCCCCACAUAGCGUUUGUUUUGGGCGUGGCUUAGUCUUUGAUGUAUCUUGUUUACUACCUGCUUCCUAUUAAACAUGGUUAGUAGGUCUACUAGUAUCUUGUCGAAGGUUCUCGAUUGUAUUAGAAAAGUAAGGGCAUUUCUCGACGCGUCGGUAGACCCACAUAUAUAAGGGAUUGACAGGCACAGAGAGAGACGGAGAUUGAUAGAUAUUUUUAACUUCACGAGACAUGUAUUAUUCUUUGUGUGCUUACAUGUGUUUAUUCGCAUUGAUCAUUCAUCAUUAUUCAUUGGCACAUUGUACUAACUGUGUUAACUGUGUACAGGUACAAGCUCUACCAUACUGUAAUUUGAUGUUUUGUAAUGAUAUUUCUUUUGUUUUGUAAUUGUAUUAUUACUAAAUUAAAUUUUAUUAAUUGUAAUUGGUACUGUUUUGGGUGUCCUAAUUUUGUUAUUUUAUUUUUCUAUGGUAUCGUCCUUUGUUAGGCACUGUUUGAACGAGUCAUAAAUUUAAAAUAGGAGAUUCAUUUCCCACAAGAGAAGGCAGUGCGUAACAGUUGGCUUAAACUUAAACACUUUUUCUUUCCCUAGUUUUGCAUAAUGUAAGUCACCAAUCACUAUUUUAAUAAUGUGUCAAUGAUGCCUCAUCAUAGAUAUUUUCCAGCAUCUAAUAAAAAGUAUUCUUUUAUCAGAUACACUACUUGCUGAAUUUAUUUUCAGGUGAGGUUCCCUAACCUCUGUGGAUCCCUCCCCAAAUUAGUAGAUUCUGAUUUUGGUCUGCCCUGAGUAUAUUAUUUCCCUGUAUCCACCAUAUCCAGUUGGUUUUUCCCAUAUCUGCAACCCGGAGAGGAGCUCAAUGGAAGAUCUGUAAUUCUGCACAAGGUGAUUAUAAUUAUGUUUGACAAUUUUACAUGGUGAUCAAUAAUUUUCAAAGAGAAAGUGUGGAUCAGAGCUCCCCAAACUGGUGCACAUCACACUAUUUGUUUGCUUUAGUGUAAUGAGUGUGUAGGUAUGCCAUGCUAAAUUAACGGGAAACAUAUGAGUGUAAUAAAGUCAUUGGGAAAAAGCAAUAUCCAAAACCUUGAAAAUAUAAGUUGUUAUGUAAUAAUUAUACAAAUCAUAUCAUAUAGUUUUUAAAAUAGGCAUUUAUAUGAAAAGCUUUUAGCUAUAUAUAUAUAUAUAUAUACACACACAUAUGUAUAUAUAGUGUAUGAAUUAGCCCAAUUCAUCUAACGCAGUGGUCCCCAAACUUUCUUGUAGACCACUUGCCAUGUUUUUCGGUUUUGGGUAGACCCCCUGCUUACCUGAUAAUGAUUUUUUGCAAAAAAAAAAAAGGUACUUUUAUAAUUUAUGUAGGAAGAUAUAUGUUUUAUAUUAUAAUGUAAUAUGAUGUAAUUUACUUACAUCUGUACUAUCUGUGUAUGUAGAUCAUUUCAUUCAUGGAAUGCCAAAAUAGAAGUCACGACUGCUUACAUGAGAUCCACUAUCGUUGACCCCCAUUUUCAUUUCAUAAACCCCCAAUUUUUUUUCUCGCUGACAUGGACCCCUUGCAAGUUGUCGCUGACCCCUGGGGGUCGAUAUAGACCACUUUGGGAAUCUCUGAAUCUAACGCAUCAGUUAUUUUAAGGACUUAUGAAAUUUAUUAUGUUAGACCUCAUUAAAUUUUGUGUAGAGUUCAGUUGUCUUUUUAAGCAAUGUUUCUUGUUUCAUUUUAUUGCAACAUACUAUUUGGUUGUAGAUGCUCUUCCAGAGAAAAUUAAAUAAGUACCGUAUUUUACGGACUACAAGACGCAUUUUUUUCUUUAAAAAAUUGGCUUUUACUCAAAAUUAAUAUAAAAUGGUAAAAAUGUUUUGUUUUUUUUUAAAUUGCUUAACAAUUAAGGUGCAUCUUAUAGUCCGUAAAAUACAGUACGGUACUUAUAGAAUCUAGGGAGCCUUUUUUCAUUCAUCCAUAUUCAAAUACUAGUACCGGGUAGUAAAAAUAGCAGCUUGCUAGUAUAGCAUUAAUUAAUUGGGAUGCAAAUAGUGAGUUAAUGUUGAUCAUAAACGGAGUUCAAUUUAAUGUGAAGAUAUUUGUUAAUUAUAAAUACGGUAUCUCCAUCACAAGCAUACAUCGAUUAAUAAUUCUAAAAACAAUUCUUUAUCAAGACAGCCAAAGACAACUCAUUUUUAGGAAUGGAAAAUUAUAGUAAAGGGGAGUCCAGGACUGUGUACGACCCACCAAGUUUGACCAUGGAAGGUGCUGUAGAAAUGAAAGUAACCAAUGGAAGUAAAAUACGCAACAUAAUGGGCUAUGCUAUGUCAACAUUUGCAGUAUGUUGUGUUGUUUUCUUUUCUUUUUAAAGUUCCCAUCAUAUAUUUGCAUUUUUUUUUGUCUUUAUUAUCUUCAAGUGAUGUUCUUGUAUUUGGAAAGUUACCUUGUUUCUACAAAUUUUAUCUUUUAGGGACAUAUGCCAGGUUCAUUAAAUAUUUUGUUUUGCUCCAUAGACUGUCCUAAACCGAUUUUAGUCACUGCGGUGGCUGUUAUUUCCCUUUUAUAUAUUUCAAUUUUACUAUACUUUAUUUUGUAUGAGAUGGUGCACAUGAGUAAGCUUACUCUAAAUGCAGAUAUUCUGUAAUCUCUCCAUAAAAUGUGUCCCUGGUUUUCUUGAAUUGAGUUUAUUUGCUGAAAUUGUUUUUAAAGUUAUUAGUGAUGUUUAUUUGGCAGGUCUUUUUUUUUCCCAAACGGUUACCUAAAAAUAUGUGCCUCACAUUGCUAUUAUCAUGUAAUUAAUUAUUCAAACCUGUUUUAUUUCAUUAGGAUAAAAAUAUUCGUCAUUUGACAUGGAAUGGCACUGAAAAUGCUAUAAAUAAAACUAUUUCAUGUGCUGAAAUUAUGAAAAGGAAAAUCAAGGUAAGUUUUAUUAUUUUCUAAUAAACUAAUGGAUAUUUGAAAUUCAUUAGCUGUAUGUUAAAAUUGAUAACUUACAGAUUAACAUAUGACAUAGUGGGGGUCGAAUUUUCUAAAAGGUAGCUUACUUCCCUUUGUCUACUUUGUUUUUUUAAAGUAUGAAAUAAAACUAAUGGUUAACCAAGGUGCUGUCUGCAAAUAAUAUUAAAGAGUUACCCUAGAGUAGCAUUUAAAUUAAAUGUCACACCAAGACAUUAAAGUUCUAUAACGCUUCAUGAUAAAAUGAAAAUUCCUAAGGUUUUGAUGUUUUUCUAAAAGAUGUCCAUCAUUAUAAAGAAUUAUCACACUUUCAGUAAGGUUUAUUUAAGGUGUUGUCUCUUUAAUAUAAUUUUUGAAAAAUUAUUUUAUGAGCGUUUUUUGCUGAUCAUGUCAACUUCAGUUUUAAUUUUAUUGAUUUAGGGUUUGCAUCAGAUCACACAAAUAGGAUUUCUAAGAGUUGAGGACUUUUGGGAACCAACUGUUGAAGGUUUAGAUACGUAAGUAUUUAUUAUAUGCAGAUAUCCCAUGCCUCAGAAAUUAUACUUCACCAACAGACCAUAGAUAAUAAAACCACUGGUAGGAGACUUAGCCUUUGUGGAAAACUAAAGUGUAAAUCAAUCAAGAAAAUAUAUCACUAACUAGCUGUGAUACCUCUUGGAUUAUUUCCAGAUAUUUGCUUAGAUCAUAAUUUUAAUUUAGUUUUUUUAGUAGUGUUAGGCUACUUAUUUAUGAUGCAGAUAUGUUGCCAUUUUAAAAACUUGAUAUCCAGAAAAUUACCCUACUUCCCAAGAGACAUUUAUGAAAAUAGAAAUAAAAUAAGAAUUCUACUAGCCAAAAAAUAAUGUGCAGUUUUAAUGAUAACUCAAAAAUAAAGUAAUGGGCAUAGUAUAGGAUCUUUUGCACCUGCAUUUCCUCUUGACUGGUACUCAUGUCAUCAGUGCAGGCAAUACACAAAGCUGAAAAUUUAUGUUGCUCUUUUCUUUUCUGCUUUAUGCUUUUACAUAUUUUGAAAACUGAUCUGAAACUUUGCAUGGACUUAGUUGCCACUUCUGAGAUCCCACAACAUAUUUAAAUGUAGCAUAAUUAAUUUUUUUUUUUUUUUUUUUAAUUUUGUGAUAAAAAUAUGCUUUUAAUCCAGAAAAUUAAGUAAAUUAAGUAAGUGACACUAGCAAUACUAGCAUGAUUUUACUCAGCAAGUGUGACUAGAAAUCAGUUAAAUAAUAUCAUAAUUCUGUUGAUUUAUCAAGGUGACAGUGUAACAAUUCAGAAUAAAGGUCAGAUUGUUAAUGCUGUAAAUGACUUCAAUGUUUUACUGAAUCGACCAAAGUGAUAAGAGUACUGUAACUAAUAUUAAAGAAAGAGGAAAUCAAGGCUGGCUGCAUUUACAUAAAUAGAAAUUUUGUGAUCUGCCAUUUAAAUUAACAUCUAAUUAUAUAAUAAAAUAAUAAAAUAAAUGAUUGAUGGGACAAUUUUUCAUAUUUUAUUUUUAUUGAGAUAAACAAUUUCAAUUUUCAGGUUAAAGGUCAAUACUAAUAUACCAGCAAUAUCAAUACUUCUGUCCAAAGACCCACUUGAUGCAAGUGAUCCAAGGUAAAUAAUAACUCUUUAAAUACAUAGUGCUAAUAUUAUAUUCGCUUUACAAUAAAAACUUUAAUUUGUUCUAUGUAUAUUAAUUUUCUUCCUUUCCUGUCUUUUUUUCUCAUGGUUAUUAUAAUUAAAAUCAAGGCUCAUGUAACAUUAAUUCUGAAGUUAAGGAUUGUUUUCCAUCAGCACUGUUAACAUUUUUCAAGCACAGUUAAAGUCUGUCCAAGUACAUUUAAAGCCCAUCUUUAAACCCAUCCAUCCCUAUAUGAUAUUUCGUCUAAGUCAGUGUUUCCCAAAUGUCUGGUGUUUCCUGAAAGCUGAAUGGCAACUCUGUACUGGGUUAGGAAAGCAAUUCUACUGGCUUGCAAACAAAAUCUCUCAAAAACCUUGUUAUGUUUUGAUUAAAUCUUAAAUUAAAAUUACAAAACAGCAUUACUAUGUAGUAAGAAUGAAAAAUAAAGGAUUCAUUUGACCACAACUAGGUCAAGAAAGCUAAAUUUCCUCUUCAAUUUCUUUUGUUGUUCUUAGAUUAAGUGUAGAAUGAUUUUAAAAAAAAUUAAAUCAGGUAUAUACUAAAAUGCAACAUUGCAUUAUAGACAUCAAAAACGAUUUAGGGAGGUGCUCAUUGACUUCCGCAGACCCCCCCCCCCCCACCCCCCCCCCCCCCCCCCCACACCCCCAGAUUAAGUGUAGAAUGAUUUUAAAAAAAAUUAAAUCAGGUAUAUACUAAAAUGCAACAUUGCAUUAUAGACAUCAAAAACGAUUUAGGGAGGUGCUCAUUGACUUCCGCAGACCCCCCCCCCCUCACUCCCGCUGACCCCUCCCCACAGACCCCAUUCCCUCACUUCCACUCGAGAGCAUUUCCCAUACUCGAAAUCUGCUUCAGGAUCACUCACGUCACCCUUCAAUCAAAGUAACAGAACCACCAGCAGCUUUUUAUCUUUUAUAAAACACUUCAGAUAGGUAAGGGAGAUAAUAGGGACAAAAAUCAAAACUUAAAUCGAGUAUGAAGUUUUUUGUUUUUGAUUGAAAGAAAGGCAUAAUAAUGUGUCAAAUUUUUUUGAAUUUUUUUUGGCUCCAUAAAAAGUUUACAAAAAAAAGCAAUUUUUGCGCCAAUUUUUUUUUGGGGGGGGGGGGGUGAUUUAAUCCUUGUACAGACCUUAUUUACUGUAACAUUUAAACUUUGUAUAAGUCAAAAGAACAAAACCUGCAGUGACUUCUAGUGCCCUAUUCAGUGCACAAUAGCAUCUAUUAAACAACGUUUUGUGUUUCAUGUCAUGCAACUAAUUUUUGUUCAUUUAUUUAAUAAUUUUUUAUAAAUUUUUUUGAUGUUCAUUAAAUUUUUUUUUUAAUCUAGUCAAUUUUUAUAAAUUGAAAAUAUACAGGCCUAAAUAGAGCCUCCAUAAAAUUAAGCUUGCACAUUCUUUCCCUCAAAAACAUUUUUAUAUUUCUAAGUUAUUGAAGGAAGAAUAAUCAAUUUAUUGGCAUUACUUUCUAACCUAAAGGAGGCCUCAUAUAUAUCUUUUGCUUCUGGUGUGGCUGCUUCCUUUUCACAACCGGCCCUCCCCCCCCCGACUCAACAUGUUUUACAUUAAUAGUACUGAGUGGAAAAUAAUCAGCAUGCAUCAUGGGUAAAAAGCUUUAAUUUUUUUUCGGAGGCGACUAUUAUAUUAAUCAAUAAAGAACCACGGGUAUGGUGUAGGACUGUCAGUAGCACUAUUGUUUAAAUUCCGGCGGGCAGGAUGUAGAACUAUCUGUGGGCAUAUAGUUUAAAUGCCAACAGGUAGCUUGUAGGACUGUCUGUAGGCCUAUUGUUUAUAGAACAGGAAAAGUUAACUUUUUUUGUAACGCUUGGACUACCGGAUAAUUUCUCAAAAUAGCUGAUCCCUGGAUAAAAAAAAAGGGCACCCUGUUAAGCCCUUGUAUAAUUAUAUUUUGUCUCCCUCCAGUUAUCAACCUCCUGGUGUCACAGAUGUCACGUUUUCAGGCAAGGUACAGCACAGCAAAAAAGUUAUUUCAAAAGAGAAAAUGGCUGCUGUGAAUGAUAUUAAGUCUGCGGUAUCGAGACCUAAGCGGUCUAGAGGAACUGGGAGAGAAGGUUUUAAGUCUGCUGCUAGCAAUAAAAAGAAUUCAAAAGAGAGAAAAGUGGAUGCUCAAAGUUGAAUUAGUUAUUAAAUAAUAUUUUCUUGUGUGCAGUUUGUUGGCAAUUUUUAAAAUGUGUAUUUUAUGAUAAAAAUAAAAAAAUAUCGAUUAUCAAAAGUGUUUGGGUUUUAACAUUCUGUGGCUGAAUCUAAUAGUUGGUUAAGACUAAUAAUGUGUUUCAAGUUUAAUAUUUUCUUUUUUAAUACAGAGACAUCUCAGCAAGAUGGCUGCAACUUUAUGCAGUUCUUU